ACGUUGCACACGACAACAAGAAACCAAACCAAAGAUGCCAAACAAAUGAAUUUGUAAUUGUUAAUAGUAAAAUGGAUCAAUUAGUCUCGUGCUGUCGCAUUUGUCUUGUGGAUCCCGGGGAGGAGUCUCUCAUAGCCACAGGCGAGGACUUUUGCGAACAGAUCAAGUGCUGCACGGGGAUUCAGUUGAGCGAAGGCCCCAACUGGCCAACGAAAAUAUGCAUUGGCUGCAAAUUAAUGCUGCGUACCGCUCGCAAGUUGCGCUUGCUCUGCCAGGAGUCCGAGAAACAGCUGCAGAGGCAGCAAAUCGAGUUGGAACUGCAGAAAGCAGACAAGUGUAAUGUGUCCAAUGAGGGGGAUAGCGUGUCCAUUGGUAGUGACUCGGAAAUGGAGCCUGAGUAUCUGGAAUACUAUGAGGUGACCCAUGGAUCGCCAGAGAGCAACACCGACAACCAUUGCAUUGUGGAAAUUGAUAUCAAAACUGCUUCAAACGCGCCACCUCAACGACGCGAACAGGAGGCUCCGUCGGUCGAUAUAGCCCUCAGUCCUGCCACUCCCAAAACGGAGUCAAAGUCUAGCAAACGAUUUGCCUGCCACAUUUGCUCAAAUAUCUACCAGGAGAAGGCCAAGCUGACGGUUCACUUGCUGGUGCACAGCGAUUUCAAGCGCCACGAAUGCGAGAUCUGCCACAAACGCUUUCCUCAGACAACGUCGCUAAGGCGACACAUGAACACGCACACGGGCCUGCGGCCGUAUAAAUGUGAUUUCUGUGAUUCCAGUUUUGCGGAUCCCUCCACACGGAUUAAGCACCAGCGGAUACACACAAACGAAAGGCCAUACAAGUGUACAAUUUGUGGCAAGGGUUUCGCGUACUCCAAUGUGCUCCGCGGGCACCUCAAAACGCAUACGCUCCAGAAACCCUAUAAGUGUCAGCACUGCCAGCGUUCGUUUACCCAAAUGCAUCACAUGCACGCACACGAAAAGUCACACGGGUCAAGAGAUAUGGAAACCAUUACCGUGAUUGCAGUGGAGGAGGAGUAAAUGGAGGACAUUGCAUGAGUUCAGG